UUCAAUGCUCAGUGCGCAUGCUCAAACCCUGCAUCAUCACGCAGCGCCCAAACUUGGCGCCAAAGGCGAGUGUUGUGAGUGUUGGCGCAGAAGUGCAGGAGAAAGAGGGGAUUUUAGAGAAAGAUGGACAUCCGCAGGUUCUUUGUUCCAACAACGUCCAAAUCAACAACAGGAAGCAGCAGCACUGAAGAGGAGCACAGAAAGAAAUCUUCCUCCAAGAUCUUAAGUCCUAAAUCUGAUGAGAAACGCACAGCAAAGCGGAAGAAGAGAGUAAUCGCAGAUUCAGACUCUGAGGAGGAGAAGAAAACAAAGAAGAAUGUUAAAGAAAAGAGCACUGCAUCUGGAAAGAAAGACCCUGUUGCUUUCGUGUCUGAUUCAGAUUCAGAUGAAGCGUUUGAGUCGUUGAAGAAAAUCUCCAAACCUAAAGAGAAUGGAAAUAACAGAGGUGGAAAAGACUUGACCUCCGGGAAAUCGAAAGAAGUGAAAUCAGCUGCAGUUAAAUCACCUGUUAAACCCUCUGCUGCUCCUGGCUCUAAAUCGGACAUCAGGAACGCUCUCAGUCCGACUCCACCCAAACCAGCUGCACCCAAACACACCGCCACCUCUGCUGCAGAUUUCUUUGGUAGCUCUUCAAUCAACAGGUCGGGAAAGAAGCUGGUGGCGAGUGCCAGCACCAAGCGCAAAGCACCUGUCGAAGAUCCAGAGCACAGUGAUGAGGCCAUCGCGAAGCAGCUACAGAUGGACGAGGACAUGGAGUUGGAGAAGCAGAUCCAUGAUGAUGAGGAGUUUGCUAGAACUCUGGCUAUGCUGGAAGAAGCCCCACUGCCCAAAAAGGCCCGUGUAGGCACAGUGUCCCCCUCUAAGAGCAGCCCACAGGCCACUGCUACUGACUCCAAAAAGCACACCUCCAAGAGCCCCUCGCCAAAAAAGAGCCCUGUAAAGGCCAGUUCCAAGCUGGCCCAGAUGAAGAGGAGAGCUGAUGAAGAGGAGGAGCAGAAAAACAAGAAAGAAGAGAGGAAAAGCAAAAUGGUCUUCUCUCCCAAAAAAGAGCCCAUCACACCCACCCGCUCAGAGAUGGCAGCUACACCCAAAACAGAACAGGCUUCUGAAGGAGCGUCCAGAUCUAAAAGCAUCUCCACGCCCAAGAGUGCCGGCAGCACCAAAACCUCUCCCACGAAACCAGAGGUUAGUCCAGAAGGCUCGGAGAAGAAGCGGGUAAACUCAGCAGCGUUCAGAAACUACCUGAACAGAGAUGGGCCUCGUGCUCUCGGGUCUAAAGAGAUACCACAGGGUGCGGAGAACUGUCUGGAGGGCUGUGUGUUUGUGCUGACUGGAGUGUUGGAGUCUAUGGAGCGAGACGAUGCGAAGUCAUUAAUAGAGCGCUAUGGUGGGAAAGUCACUGGAAAUGUCAGUCGAAAAACCACGUAUCUGGUGCUGGGCCGAGACAGUGGAGUUUCAAAGACUGAGAAGGCUCAGAGUUUUGGCACAAAGAUCCUAAAUGAAGAUGAGCUGCUGGAACUGAUCCGAACCAAACCUGGCAAGAAGUCUAAAUACGAGAUUGCUGCAGAGGCUGAGUGCAAAGCCACAAAGACGAAGAGUCCUUCACAAAAGCUCAGGUCUCAAAGACCCAGUGGAACCAAGACCAGCCCGGCCAAAAGCAGCCCGUCUCCGAAAAAGACCCGGCCGGGCUCCGCCUCUACACCGGGACCCUCAGGGUCCUCCCGCAGAGACUCGGCACCAGAGGUGAAGAAGAGUCUGGAAUUUGGUAAAGCCUCGCCCCCUGUGCCCCGCCCUGCUGGAGAGGAAAAUGGAACAAGCUUGUUGUGGGUGGAUAAGUACCGCCCUCGCAGUCUUAAGAAUCUGAUUGGGCAGCAGGGAGAGCAGAGCUGUGCCAAUAAGCUGCUGAGGUGGCUUCAGAACUGGCACAAGCACCACAGCGGCAACACUAAACCCGCAGCGGCUCGGUUUGGUAAGUUCGGGGGAAAGGAUGAUGGUUCUGGGUUUAAGGCUGCUCUGUUGUCGGGACCACCUGGUGUGGGAAAGACCACCACUGCUGCCCUUGUUUGUGAGGAGGUGGGUUACAGUUACGUGGAGAUGAAUGCCAGCUGUACCCGCAGUAAGAACAGUCUGAAGGAAGUGAUCGCAGAAUCUCUCAACAACACGAGCAUUAAAAACUUCUACACAGGUACAUCUCAGACUGUGAGUAAUAAACAUGUUCUCAUAAUGGACGAGGUGGACGGCAUGGCAGGAAAUGAGGACAGAGGAGGAAUUCAGGAGAUGAUUGGUCUGAUAAAGCAAUCUAAGAUCCCAAUCAUCUGCAUGUGUAACGAUCGCAACCAUCAGAAGAUCCGCUCACUGGCCAACUACUGCUUCGACCUGCGCUUCCAGCGUCCCCGAGUGGAUCAGAUAAAGGGUGCCAUGAUGUCAAUUGCUUUUAAAGAAGGAGUGAAGAUCCCGCCUCCAGCUCUGAACGAAAUCAUCCUGGCAUCAAAUCAGGAUAUUCGACAGGUUAUGCAUAAUCUGUGUAUGUGGUCAGCUACAGACAAAGUUAUGACCUAUGACCAGGCGAAAGCAGACGCCAGCAAAGCCAAGAAAGACAUGAAACUGGGUCCGUUUGAUGUGUGCAGGAAAGUGUUCGUCUCGGGAGAAGAAACCGCCCACAUGACUUUGAUUGAUAAGUCGGAUCUUUUCUUCCAUGAUUACUCGUUAGCGCCGCUGUUCGUUCAGGAGAAUUACAUACACGUACGACCGGCUGCAGCGGGAGGAAAUCUGAAAAAUCACCUGGUGUUACUGAGUAAAACAGCGGACAGCAUCUGCGACGGAGAUUUAGUGGACAGACAGAUUCGCUCCCGACAGACCUGGUCUUUACUGCCCACACAGGCAAUCUAUGCCAGUGUGCUGCCGGGUGAGCUGAUGCGGGGUUAUAUGAGCCAGUUUCCCACUUUUCCCAGCUGGCUGGGGAAGUUCUCGUCUACUGGUAAACACCACCGCAUCAUACAGGAGCUGGCCUCACACAUGAGUCUGAAGACGUUGAGCAGUAAGGAGGCGGUGAAUCUGGACUACCUGCCGUAUCUGCGCACUGCUCUACUGGAGCCGCUGCAGUCACAGGGUUCAGAGGGAGCCAAUAAGAGUGUGACGCUUAUGGACGACUACGCCAUCAUCAAAGAGGAUUUCGACAACAUUAUGGAGAUCAGUAGCUGGGGCGGACAACCGGACCCCUACUCUAAACUCGACUCUAAGGUGAAAGCAUCAUUUACACGAGCAUAUAACAAAGAGACGCACCUGACCCCGUACUCACUGCAGACAGUAAAGAAAGGUCGCAAAGGGGCCGCAGACGUCGACCUCGCCUUAGAUCCUGAGAAUGACACCCAGGGCCAGGAAGAGGAAGAGGAGGAGGAAGGGCUUGACGCCAUGAUCAAGCAAAAGAAAGCUAAAGCCACAAAAGAGCCCAAAGAGCCCAAAAAAGAAAAAGCCAAGGAGUCUGGAAAGGGGAAAGGAAGAGGAAAGGGCAAGAAGUGAUGUUGAGACUGAACUGAAGAGAGAAAGAUGAAUAAGGAAUGGACGGGCAUUUCCUGCAGUAGUGCCCACUGAUCUUAACCUGGCUAACUAACAGCUGGAAAAGUCUGUCUAAAAGUCAGAAUUGUCGAGGUAAAAAGUGACACAUGAGAAGCUUCCACAGAUCUCCUGCUCUGGACAGCAUUCAAUAACGCGGAUAAACUAUACAAAUCACUGGGACCACAAACACGAGGCGCACACAUUUACUAAUCAAACUUACAACAGUACAACAGUACUUUUACUGAGAUCAAAAUUACGUACCUUAAGACAUAUUCAUUAAUUUUUACAGUACGUAGAUUUCCCAACAGCUCACACAGUUUAAAAAAAUAUAAUAUAAGCACUUUCCACAACAUGCACACUUCUUCUCUCGUGUGCUUCCUGAAGACCUUACCGUACCUUCCUGAAAGCACUGUAACUCGGUGCACUCGCGCUGUAAAUGUAUAUGUGCAGUUUGUCAAUAGUCUAGUAUUAUACUUAGGACUUUUGCAGAUUGUGGAGAAAAUAAUAAAAUAAAUAAAUAAAGUUUUGCUUUGGCUUUUGUAUGAAGGCAGCAUUGAGGACACACUGGCAGUGCUGCUUACCGGCCUGUAGCCUGUAGCAUUUACUGUAUAAACUUGUGUUUUUCACCAAGCAAUUAAAGAAUAAUCUUAUAGUGA